UACCUGUAUGUAACUCCCCGACGCUAGUAUUAAUUGUUCGAAGAUGAUGUCAAUGCUGAUAUUGAUCCUCGUUGUUUCCACAGCAUACGCUGUACAAUGGCCAAAAGGAACAUAUACACUUGUGAAACCGAAAUAUGGAUGCCCGACUGGUUGGAAGGAAGGAUGGCGUAAACAAGAUAAUGAAGACCACGGAAAUAGUAACUUUAUUACAUCUGGACAUCAUUUCUUCGGUGACUUUGGAAGAAACAUGAAGUUUUAUUAUUGUACCAAAGACGAACAUAUAAUAUCAGGCACCCAACAUUGGCCAAGAGGGACCUAUUGUAUUCUUAGACAAGGAAUAUCCUGUCCACCAGGUUUCCAGACGGGUUCUAUUUAUUGGGACGACGAAGACAGAAGAAAUUCAAAUGAUGAUUUUGGUGUUCUUCCAAGUGGCGCAUAUGGAAGAAACACUCUCAUUAACUACUGUUGCAGAUCUGACGGUUUCUACAGAACUGAGAUUAUUCUGCCGAAAAGUAAACCGUUCUACCUUUUACGCUACACAUCAUCACCAUGCCAACAGGUACAGGGGAUGGUUGUUAGAGAGGAGAUGGUUCAAUUUGAUGACGAGAACAGACGCAAUAGGAACAGCCUCAGUGAAAGCCACCCAUUCAAUGAUGGAGGCAGAAACAACAGGCUCUACUACUGUUAUUAUCACUGA